AAUUUGCAUAAAAAAGGAUAAACAAAAUCACUACAAGGGAUUCAACGCUUCCUCAAUUUCCCUUUCCUUCUUCCAAGAUUUCGUUAAAUUGUAUGUGAACAGCUUACAGCUAAGCAGAAUAAUGCUCAGAAGCAUACAAUUUCUUGGUUCCUCUUCAGGGUUCUUGUUUCACCGAUUAAAACUUCAUGGAAGUCAAUCUGGGCUCUCUUUUAUUUCGAUUUCUGCGCCACCGUCUUCAAGAACACCGCUGAUAAUAACAUCAAGCACGGGUCGUUGUUUUCGACAAUUUCGAGCAUCUUCAAUUCGUUCCGAGUCAAACCUAGAUGGAACCUCGCCUUCUUCAUCUUCAACCUCAUCUCCCACUUUUAGAUCAACUGGCAGUACUCGUAAGAUCAAUUUCUGUCAAUUGUGUGGUGGCCCAACAAAGCAUGAAAUACCCUAUGGGGAGGAGAAAGAAAGAGCUAUUUGCACCCUUUGUGGAAGAAUUGCAUACGAGAAUCCGAAAAUGGUUGUAGGUUGCUUAAUUGAGCACGAUAACAAAAUCUUGCUAUGCAAGCGGAAAAUCCAACCAUCUUAUGGUCUUUGGACACUUCCAGCUGGUUACAUGGAGAUUGGUGAGUCGGCUACAGAGGGCGCCAUGAGGGAGACAUGGGAAGAAGCCGGAGCUAAAGUUCAAGUGCUUUCCCCUUUUGCUCAGUUAGACAUCCCUCUUAUAGGCCAGACUUACAUAAUAUUCUUGGCGAAGAUGACGACACCACACUUUUCGCCUGGUCCUGAAUCAUCAGAAUGCCGACUUUUUGCACUUGACGAUAUCCCUUUUGAUUCACUUUCCUUUUCAUCAAUGCUCGUUACGUUAAAUUUGUACAUAGAGGACAUUAAGGUUGGAAAACCGAAGUUUCACUAUGGCAUCAUCAACAAGAGGCCUGGCACGAGUCCUUCGGAAAUUCGUGCGUAUACUCUAGACUAUCAUCUGCGGACUUGACGAAUGGGACAGGAGGAUCGAGACGGUCAAGAUUUUCGUUUUCACAAAAUGUGACAUGGGUUUUCGGUCUCUGAUGAUAUGCCCAAUAGAUGUGAAGCUAUAUUUUUCGAACUUGUGUUGUUGGUUGUUGUCGUUUUGAUCGAUCAUCGACACAUGGGUUAUGCUCUAGGGCUUUUCGACACAAGUCGCAGAAAAUCUUUUAGAAAUGUUUAAACUCU